AUGGCUGUAGCAGAAGCUGUAGCGGAACACGGAGAUGGCGGUGCUACCCGUCUGGACUCUGCCGCUAGGUCGGAAAAUGGGACCAAUGGCUCGAAUUUCUUCCAACGACGUUCCACUUUAUUAGACCGAGCCAACUCUUUGGUCAGACCUUUACGGGCCAAUGAACCGAAACAGGAUCAUUCGACCACGGCAAGGCGUCAUCGGAAGUCUUCCAAGCGCCGGAAAAGAAAGAAGCCGGAACCGGAAAAGGGUAAGGAACAGCCAGAACAAGAACCAGAAAAGAAAAAGGACAAAGAGCUCCCACGAAUUAACCCAACGUCAUUGCCUUACAAUGGUAAGCUUUCUACAACCUCAAUAGAGACCCCCAAAUCUGCUAACACGUCUGUCUCUACCGUCACUACCCCGGCGGUGCAACAACGGUCUCCAUACACGGGAAGAAUACGAAAUCCUUCGAUUGAUGGGAGUGUCACUUCAGGUCCUCUACCAGUGCGGAAAAGUCUGCCCAUGAGCCCAAGGAAACAGUCUAUCAAGAGGUACAAUGACAGUGCAGCUGCUGCCGCAGCUGCGGCUGCGGCAGUUCUGACAAACAAUACCAACAGCAACUCAAUUGACCCUGCAGUCACCUUCAUCCAACCAACCUAUUCCAAGAGCGACAAGCAUACGCUUUUCUCCCACCCUUCAUCCAAAGUUCUCGUGUUUGACGAGCAAUUAAAGGAUGAAACCCGUACAGACUUGGCCAAGACCUCUGGAAGAUUGCUUGGCCAUGGUACCAUUGAAAUAUUUCAAUUGAACAACGGGGUGAUGACGUACUUGGCCUGUGGCACUUCAUUCGUGUACCCGCUCCUACGUAAGCUCAAGAUCCUCAGAACUAGUUUCAACACGUUUAUAUUACCCUUGGUCAAUCCGGAGCGCUACUGGAAAAUCCUGGUGGACACUUCGGAUGCCCAAGUUAUUGCUCGUUUUGAGGAGAUUCUUAAGGAAACCGUGCGAUAUAGGAAGCUUUUCUUUGUAGAGGAAUCUUCCAGUCAAGAGGAAAUGGUGACGGUGGCAGUGGACGUUUCUCCAUCUACCCCUAUUGAGGAGAAUAAUGAUAAAAUGUCUUCUUUAGACGAUAUACUUCCCAACACUUCGACCCCUAAAAAUGAGUUUCAACUAUCCAUUUCACUUCCUGAAUCUCCACCAUCUGCACCCAUUUCACCUCAUAAUCCAGUCGAUCUGGAUCUUGUCGGUGGUGGACAAUCUCACUUUGAUCUUGAUCUUGAUACCCCCUCUCGGUUGUCUCGGCCCGCUCCAACGUGGCCCUCUGACCAUUCAUUUAUGUCUGCAUUGGCAAGUCUUGACGUCAAUGAUGAGCCAAUGAUCCAUCAUCCCAAACCUAAAUACCCUGUAACUAUUCCACAUUCGAAUCCAUUCCAAGUGCAAAGACAUUCUAUUCCACAAACUUCACGCGCACCAAUGACCACCACCACCACUGUCCCAGUGACGGAUGCUCCUGUGGUGGCUACCAUUGUGAGUAACGUCUCUACUGAUUCUCUUGAUUCUCUAUUAGAUGAGUAUGAGGAAAACAUCACCACCAAAUCUGCCAUUGUACCUUCUAGGCCACAAUCACGAGCAUCGACCUCGUUUGUAUCGUCCGCCAUCAACUACAAAAGACCAUCUCAAUUCGAAGGUAAAAUUGAAGAUGAAGAUCCAUAUCUUGAGGAUUUCCCCACCACCUCUCUUUCAGAGUAUAACCGUAUACAUAAUGGAGUCCCCGCAUUGACUAAAUCACGAUCUUCUUACAGCAUUGCAACCUCCUUACGAGGAGGAAACAGUCAAAACCUCAGCACUACAUAUCGAGAGAUCUAUCGUUCUAUCACAGAACGGAACCUUGCCCAACAUCUUGCUGAAGACGAUACACGGUCGGCCAAGUCUACAAAGUCACACUAUCAAUCCAGACUGAAACACCCGCCGUUAUCCCGCUCAGCGUAUACGCCUGCAUUCACUCCGGUGGCAGUGAAGCCCUCACAUGCCCGUAAACCGAAAAAAUACUCAAAUAGCGUCAUCAAUGAAAGACCUGGAGGGCUAAACCCAGAUGACGUGUACAAGAUGGUUUCUCUGCGAUCAGCAAACGUACGGAAAAGCGGAGAGAGACUAGAACGUGAACGAGAUAUCAAGGCAAAACAAAAUGGUGGUGGAGGAGGAAUUGCCUCAAGAUUGUUUGGUUGGUAA